AUGACACGCCCCUCAGAGCGGGCCAGGAAUAAGAAAGCUCCCGAGACAGCCAACACUCCAGCAACACCACAAGCUCAGGCAACCAUCACAGCUCCUGAGGCACCACCGUCCGGUGGUCUUGCAGCAGCCACGUCGUCUGUCAUAGUUCAAAACCGCACACCGAUACGCAUUGUAAACUACGCAACCCCGUCGCUGUUCCCCAACGACGGUGGACCUAAUCCGUACAUUACACCUCCCAUGCCGCCGUUUUUUCCUAAUACCAGUGGAUUAAGCAGCGCCAGUUACAGCCACUUACCACCACCUGCCCAAACCACAAACGAACCACGACAAAAAACUCCCCCAACGCCACCGUUAAACGGAAUACCCUCGCUCACACACAAAACACCGACGAAUAACACCGCUACUAGCACAAGCGUCAUGUUCCAACCACAAAAUCACCCACUGCUAGUUCGGCGCCGCCAUUCACACCCUACCAAAUACCCAUAA